CGAUUCGUGAAGGGAAAAGAAUAGCGCCCAUUUCAUUUUGUUUGCGAAACUAACAGACACGGUUGUCUAUUGCGCAGUAGUAUUAAACUUUUGUAUCUGACCUCAACGAACGAAAGGGAUUUUUGCAGCUCAGAGCAAUCUCGCAUACGCAACAAAGCGACGUAAGAAAGUGACCCAUUCGAUGACACUAACGGUGGCAACGAUUCGACGACUCGCGCGGCUUGCGACGCUCUCGAUGGGAGGCCUUGCAGGAACUUGCGCCUUUUUGGUUCCCGGACAGCAACAGCAAAGCCGUCUCCAUCACUGGCGCCCCUCGGCGGGGGGUUGCAACACGUCAUGGAGCAUGGCGGGAACCGAGUACUCGGACUUUGGCGAUCCCCCCGGGGAGGGGGGUGGAGCCUACUCGGCUUCGCUGCCGACUUCCAACGAUUCCUUGACGCCGCGGGAAAUCGUGUCGAUGUGCAUGGACUGUUUGCAGGGCGGCGACGACAACGCACACGCUACCGACGAGCGGGCCGGACUGGAGAUCUGCUAUAACUUCUCCUCGGACGCCUGCCGCACCGCCAACGGGGGAUCCCUGGAAUCCUUCCUGCAGCGGGCCAACAACCCGGUCUUCCAGACGAUGGUCCGCUGCGAGAAAUGGGAGGUCGAGAACGUUGGGCCCGAGAUCAUGGGAACGAACACGAGGGGUGCCAUGCAAACCGUUCUGGUGAACGUCGUGCCAUCCGCUGCGGCCGGGGGAGGCCGCAGAGACCGGAGGUUCUUGUGGACCUUUGUGAGGGAGCGGAGGCCGCCGCGGCAGGGCCAUUUCCUAGUCCACGAGUGUAUUGCAGUAGACAAUGCCUUUGCCCUGACCGAGUAGGCUGACAGCUAGCUAGCUACUGUAGUUGAUUGCCUUCAUAGCACCUCUGCAACGUGCCGGGUACGGUUUACCACCGAUGGAGUUGAUUCAUUCGGUCCCGAACCAUUCGCAAUCGAAGCUAGUGCUGUCGAAGGCUCACCGCAUGAUUCGGUUCUGCUGGAGUUCGUCUUCGAAGCUCUGGUAUGCGCCUGUUAAAGUCGAAGCCACUAUGCUGUCAGAUAUGCCAGUCUCGAACGACAAGUGUAUAUAUAACAGUGGAGACACCUACGAUUUGGAAGUAUGGUACUACUACUCAAAGCGAGUCAGGUUUCAAAUUAACUACUCGUUACUUG